CUCCUGUCUGCCCUGGGGCUCCAGGUGCACGAACCCAUGGGCUGUGCCCUUGGUGGCUGAUGGGAAGCAGGCAGAUUGCAAUCAGCCUGCAGAGCUGCUACCCAGUUGCUCCCAGAGCCACUUCUGCCGAUGGCUGGCCGUAAGUGAGGCUACAGAGCAGGACAGCCCCUGCUUCCACCCCCUGAUGUGAGCCUUGCCACCAGACCCUCCCUGCCUGGGGACCCGUGGUGGCACUGCUCCGGCACAGCUGGUAGCAGCCCCACCAGUGCUGGAGCCAUCAGCUCCUGCGCUCCCAGGGCUCCUUACCACCACGUGUCAGGACAGGCUCCUGCUUUCAGGGCGUAACUGCGUUGUGCUGGUGGUGGAUGGAGCGAGUGAAACAUUCUGGGAUCUGGGGACGAUGGGCAGCGUGCCUGUCCAGCGGCAGAAAUAGCUGCUGCUAGCAGAAUGAACUCCAAGGUAACUGGCAGCACUUACCACCUGGACUGUUUUCUUGACAUUUAUUUGCUUUUACUGGCACUUAAAUGCCACCUGCCAGGAGAAAACUUUCCAUAAAGAAAAAAAAAAAUCUGCCUGACUCAGCAGAAGGCGUCACGGGCACUGCGAGCAGUGUGAUGCUGCCCUUGGGCACCUCCAGGCUGUGCACGGGCACGAGCGUGUGUGUGUCUGCAUAAGGCACAGGAGCCUGCAUCCACAGCAGCGUGAGGCACAGCCUUCCAAAAACGGGUUGUGCAACCAUCCCUACUGAGGUGCAAAGUGGAAAUGCCCAGAACCGUUGCGUGUGGUUUUGGGGAGGAUUUCUUUUUUUCUUUCUAUGCCAGGUGUCUCCGGAGUUAAGCGGGUAGUCUGUUUGCUUGUUCCUGUUUGUUGGGAGGGUUUUUUGGCAGCUCUCCUGUGUGCCAGUUCAGGCUGCUCAAGCUCCCGCUGUCGGCUGGCCGAGCAGUGAGGUGCUGCAGCCCUGCUCCCCGGGGAGGGGGAGGCACCAUCAGCACCCAUGGCCCUGGACACCGUGCAGCCUGCAGGCAGCAGGGCACCGGGGAGGGGCAGGGAAGUUUUAUCAAGUUCUAUCCAGAUUGCAGUUUGGACAUCUGUGCUUUGUGGGUCGUGUCUAAAGGUCCCCGCUGGAGACUGAUCUGGGGCACCAAGGAUGUGAAUUAAUGUGGUUUUUUUUAUGAUGUAGCUGGGCUCAAAGCGCGCAGAGCCCACGUGUGUGUGUCUGGGAGGGUUGUGGGGGAAGGAUGCAGCUGUGCUGUGUCACCGCCUGCUUGGCCAAAUUCCUCCUUCUCACACUCCAUUAAGUGCUGCUUUCUCAGGUGGCUCACAAUAUGUCUCUCUCUCUUGCAGCGGAGUUGGAGUUUGUACAGAUAAUCAUCAUCGUGGUGGUGAUGAUGGUGAUGGUGGUGGUGAUCACCUGCCUGCUGAACCACUACAAACUCUCAGCGCGAUCCUUCAUCAGCCGGCACAGCCAAGGGAGGCGGAGAGAUGAGAAUCUGUCAUCAGAGGGCAGCCUGUGGCCGUCGGAAAGCACUGUGUCGGGGAGCGGGAUGGCCGAGCAGAUCUACACCCCGCGGCCCAGCGAGCGGCUGGCGGUGCCGUCCUUCCUGCAGCGGGACCGCUUCAACAGGUUCCAGCCCACCUACCCCUACCUGCAGCACGAGAUCGACCUGCCCCCCACCAUCUCGCUGUCGGACGGCGAGGAGCCCCCCCCGUACCAGGGACCCUGCACGCUGCAGCUGCGCGACCCCGAGCAGCAAAUGGAGCUCAACAGGGAGUCGGUGCGCGCGCCCCCCAACAGAACCAUCUUCGACAGUGACUUGAUAGAUAACUCGGUGUACGGGGGGCCGUGCCCCCCCAGCAGUAACUCUGGCAUCAGCGCGACCUGCUAUGGGAGCAGUGGCAGGAUGGAGGGACCGCCGCCCACCUACAGCGAGGUGAUCGGGCACUACCCCGGAGCCACGUUCUACCAGCACCAGCAGAACAACAGCGGGGUGCCCUCGCUGCUGGAGGGCAGCAGACUCCAUCCCUCACAAAUCAAUGGCCUUGAGAGCACAACGGCGUGGAACAAAGAGAAAGAGAAACAGAAAGGGCACCCCUUUUAAAAAAAAAAAAAAGAGAGAAAAGGAGAAAAAAGGCAAAGUCAAUGAAACACUCUGCACUUCUCGCGAAAAGGAAAAAGGAGAGAGAUUGGGAGUUGAGGAAGAUGAGCAAAGGAAAAAAAAAAAAAAAAAAAAAAAGCCCUUCCCCAUCUCUCCGUGUAUAAAUAUUUACUUGUUAUGUCUGGUCUGAAUGCACAAGCCCACAAAGCUUGCAGAAACAUUUCUUUAUUGAGCUGUGUCUAGACGUUUAAAAAGGAAAAAGAAAACAACUGUAGUCUUUUAUUUUGUUUUGUUUCUAGUUGAGCUGUGUGUGAAUGCUUUUUUGUUUUCGUUUGAUUAUUUCACUUAACUUUAAAGACAAAAUAUUUGCACAAAAAAACGUUUUGUUUAAAGAUCUGCAAUAUAAAUAUAUAAAUAUAUAUUAAGAAUAAGAGAAAAGUGUAUGUGUAAGGAGCAGGAGUAUUUUUGUAUUAGAAGAGGCCUAUUCAAAAAAAAAAAAAAAAAAAAGUUGUUUUCUGAACUAGAAGAAAAAUGGCAAUUUUUUGAG